UAGAAAAUAAAAAUAAAUUAUGAAUAGAAUCCUAACAAGCGAUGAUUUGUUGGAAUAGAAAAUAAAGAUAAACAAACGAUAGGAUUCCAGCAUAGAUGGAAAUGAACUCUUGCGGCAUCAUUUACCGAAAAGAAAGGAGACAAAAGUACAAGGAACUCCCUAUCUUACUUUGAUCCUUAGUGCAGCAUACCGGGGGAUCACCAGCUAUCAAUUCUUUCCUCGUUUUCCCUUUUUCUUUAUAAAAUGAAGGCAAGGCUUGGCAUCAUCCGCUCCAUCAGCUCACUCAAAACUCAGCCUGUCGCAUGUUUCGCCUUCUUUUUCUCUUGGACGUUCAACACCAGCAGCUACUCCUUUGGAUCAGAAGUCGCACCUAUUCAUCCAAACCAUCAUGCACAGAGUCUCCACUGCAGGUGCAACUGGCGCCGUGGUGGGCUACCACCGCAAGAAGCAGCGGUCGGCGAGAGACGCUGGUCUGAUGCCAAGGCUUGUGUUGACGGACUCCGGCCGGAUCGAGGAGCUCGAGAGCUUCUCCCACUAUGUUGCUAGGCAUUUGGGUUUUGAGGAUGUAAAUGAAUGCCCUCAGCUAUGCAAAUUAGCAUAUGAUUUCCUGAGGAAAACCAAGGGGUGUGAAGAAAACAUAUUUGCCUUCUUUGCUGGUGUCCCAAAUCCUGAAACUGUGUGUGUGAAAUUUAUGGAGGAACUGGACAGGUGUAUACUAGGCUAUUUUGCAUUUCAUUGGGAUCAUGCCACUCUUAUGAUUACUAAGGUUUUGACUGAUGAUGGAGAACCCAAAAGGAAGCUCAAGGACAUGGUCAUGGAGGCUACCAGGAAACAGAGGUUUGAGAGGGUAACAAGGGACCUGAAAGUGGCAAGGGUGUUCUUUACAUUGGUGGAGGAGAUGAAGGCCAUCGGCAUCAUGCCGCACGAUGAUUCCCGGUGCACCGACUCGAUGGUCCCCUUGGCCUGCAGUGAUCGGAGCCCGGUUCUACUUCUGAUGGGCGGCGGCAUGGGAGCCGGCAAGAGCACCGUGCUUAAAGGCAUACUUGAGCAGGAUGAGUUUUGGUCAAAAGCGAAUGCAGUGAGGGUGGAAGCGGACGCGUUUAAAGAGAGAGAUGUCAUCUACCGAGCCAUUAGCUCAAGAGGCCACCACAACGACAUGCUCCAAACCGCCGAGCUGGUGCACCAAUCUUCAACAGACGCCGCCGAGUCCCUUCUGGUGACUGCGCUCAAUGAGGGCAGGGAUGUGAUCAUGGAUGGCACACUCUCAUGGGAGCCCUUCGUCGAGCAAACGAUUGCCAUGGCCAGAGCCGUCCACUGCCAGCGCUAUCGAAGGGGGGUCGGUUACAAGGUCGCCGAAGAUGGGAGCAUCACCGAGAAUUAUUGGGAACCAGUUAAUGAUGAUGACGAUGAAGAUGACAACCACAACAAGUGUGAGACCAACAAGAGGAAGCCUUACAGGAUAGAGCUGAUUGGAGUUGUGUGUGAUGCCUAUCUUGCAGUAGUGAGAGGAAUCAGGAGAGCAAUCAUGAUAAAAAGAGCAGUAAGGGUGAAGUCCCAAUUGAAGUCCCACCAGAGAUUUGCCGGUGCCUUCCGAAGAUACUGUGAGCUUGUAGACAACGCCAGGCUCUACAGCACCAACACUUUGGGAACUCCCAAGCUAAUAGCAAGGAAGGAUGUGGACGCCGACUUGCUAGCGAACCCCCAAGAAUUUAGCUGCCUGGAGAAGGUGAGCAAAUUAAAUGAGGAAGCUAACUCAAUCUACGAACUCUAUCCUCAUGGUGAUAUUGCAUGUGGAUCUCGCUCAAUUUGGCAUGACAUGGUGAUGUGGCCAUCGAGGAAAUCAAUCCAACAAGAACUAAAAAUGGCAGUUCAAAUGAUUGAAAAGCGCAGCUCAUGAACUAGUUACUCUGAAGCCAAUCACCAGGUCCUGGUUGGUCUAAUGUUGUUUUGUACAUUAUGAAUGGAAAUUGAAGUCAACACAUGUCAUGAAUCCUACUUUGCCACUAGAUUGUCCCAAUUGAAAAGUGUAUUCCAGUCCCUUGUCUGCAACUCUACUAAUGGUUCUUAAGGUUCUCUA